AUAUUUGUGAUUUUCAGUAGAAAUAUUGCACAAUUCAGAAAAGCGAUGACUAUAAAUGACACGGAUUAGACUGGGUUUUGUUGGGGAUGGUCGUUUUAUUGAGGAAAUUGACAUUUCAUGACAUAAAUGUUAUUACCUUAAUAUUAUGUUUUAAAUUGGCUCUUAAUAUGUAUGUUAUGGAUUUAUUAUGGUUUUAUCAAGUUUGAUGAAGAGAACUGAGGAACUGACGCAUGUAAAGCAAUUGAGUUAAACAAUUUUAGCGUAUUUCAUAAUAUGAUUAAUUAAACUUACCACUCUUAAAUACUUGAAAUGAUUAUAAUUAAAAUUGUAUAAUUAAGUUUUUUAAGCACAAUUUAAAAAUAAAAGUUAAGUGAAGCAAUUAGGAAAAACAACAAAUUCAAAAAUAUGCACAAAACCCGGCAGCAAACACUAAAACGGUAACGACCUGGCUUUUAAAUGGUUUUUAAAUUUUAAAUUGCUUGACAGAAUUUUUAAAAAUAGAUUUUUGGUAACUUAAUCAGGGUUUUGACAAAAGAUAUAUGUGUUAAUAAGUUUUAAGCGCUGAAACGAUAGUGUUAAAUGUAUUAUAAUUAAUUGUGAAGCUGAUUUGCAUUGAAAAAGUUGCAAAAUAAUAAAUUCUCAAGAUGAACACAACGCCAAACAAAACAAAUUUAAAUAAAACUCCAAAUAAUUGGUCAUGGCUGGAAAAUACAAAUGAUUCUCCAUCGUCGAGUGAUGGGAUGUCUAAAAACUUAGAGAAUCAAGAUUUAAAUAAGAGUUUUGAUAGUGCAACAGCAAAUGGCAGAAGAGGCAGACCAAAAAGUGAAAUUUUAACAUCAUUAAUGCUCCAAGGAAGUACUUCUCCAUCGGCAAUCAAGUGUAAAUUCUGUAACCGUGUCUUCCCACGAGAUAAAUCACUAGCUGCACAUCUCCGCACUCAUACAGGAGAGAAGCCUUACAUCUGUGAUUUCCCACUAUGCUCUCGUGCAUUUACUCAAAGUGGACAGCUCAAAACUCAUCAGAGACUACAUACAGGCGAACGUCCUUUCAGUUGCAGUGCACCAAAUUGCCAAAUGAGAUUUACUCAUGCAAAUCGUCAUUGUCCUGAUCAUCCAUAUCAGGCAUUAAAGAGAUGUGAUGAUGAGUUCCUUUUAAAUCCACAACCAGAAGAGCAGAGCACAGAAAUCUUAAAAUGGCUUCAAAAGUAUCGUGAAGAAAGACAACAGCAAUUAAUUCAGGCACAAUCUCCAUCACCAAGUCCCAAUUCGACAGCUAGGAAGACUCCAAAACGUCCAUCGUCAUCAUCAAGCAUGAAAGGAAGUGACGAGAAUAAGAGGAGAGUUUUUAGUAAAUCUAUAAUUGAUUUAAAGGCACAGGAAAAUUGUGAUAUAAGCAGUAGCAGCAGCAGCAACCACAACAAUAAGGAAUUGAUUGCAAUGUCGCCGAGUAAGGCAGCUAGGAAAGGCUUUAUGUGUGAAAUGGAUAUGAAUGCUGGAAAGGCAGAAAAUAUUCAAAGCUCAACACCAAUUCAGAAACAAAAUUAUGCUUCAGAUGCUAUAGAUCUUGCCAUUAUUGGAAGUCCAGUUUCGACAAAUAAACCAAAACAUUGUAGACCCAAAAUUAUUCUAUGGAAGGAACCGAUGGAUGAUAAUGAUGAGGAAGAAUCGUCACUUAAUAAUGACGAGAAUAUCCUUAAACCGACAGAAAUUAGUGGACCCAGUGAAAAGAAUUUAUCGGUUCCAUCGCCCAAGAAAUUAUUUAAUCCAAAAAAGAAAUGGUUGCGUGAAGCAUGCCAAGAUUUAGGAACUCAGCCGUUGGAUUUUGGAACUAAUCAUCCACUUUAUAAUAGACUUCAAACGCAGGCUGUUAAUGAAACAAUGACUAAUAAUCCACAAUUAUUGAGCUUAUCGAAUAAUCAUAUUGUAAGGCCGAGUGUAAUAAUAAUGGCUAAAGAAAAGAAGGAAUGAAUCGUCAUGUCUAAGUUUUUGCACAAGUUUUUUUUCUCUCGUACCUACAUAAAGUUUUAUUAAAUGCACAGAUAUAGAUAUAGAGAAUGUUGUGUAUAUGAUU